AAUCAUAUAUACAUUCUUAUUCCCAAAUUUCAGGAAUGGUUAUCCUGCUGUGGAUCAGAGGAAUAUUUAAUUCAGGGCAGUCCUUCCACAUACAUAAACAAGAUACCACCAACAACAGAGAAAAUAGAUAUAGAGAAAACCAAACAUGACAUCCAACAGGUGGCAAAGUUCUAUGAGAAAGGAGACUUAAUUUCCUGGUGGGACUCUUUCUUUAACGAAAUGGAAGAAGAAGAGGACAGAGACUUGGAUUCAGUUGAUUUGAUUGGCAAACUGAAGAAGUUAAAACUUGAAGAGGCAUUGGAGUUGACCACAACAACAGAGAACAUAAUCAACAUUCCGGAACUUGAUGAACCAAUCCCGGAGGUAACUAUAGGAAGGGCUAGGAGAGUUAUCUCUCAAAAGGAAGACAUGAAGGUACAAGACCUUGUACUUACAGACACGCCUAUGUCGCCAGAAGACUGGCCUCAGAUUGGGCAAGUGGUCGAAUUGCUGGACGAUGACAGGGUGGUAAUUCAGCCCUUCUGGGGUAAGAAAACCACAACAUGGAAACCGGCAGUACGACGACCAAAAGGACAGAAAAUCACGUUCACUGUCCAGAAAAAUGUUAUCUGGCACUAUGGUUUCAAUUUAACACCAAGUGGUUUUCUACCCAAAUCCAUUAGAGAAAUGGUGGAGCAGUAUGAGGAGGAUAAUUUGUAGACAUUGC